AUGAGUGAACCGGAGCCAACAGCGUUAUGGCUUCCUGACGAGGUCCUCUUCAAUAUCUUGUCCACGUUACAGGACAGUGACGACCCUGAUGCAAUCUCCACCAAAGAAGCAAACAUAACCCUCUUCAACGCGUGCUUGGCAUCAAGGCGACUCGAAAGCCUUGCUCAAAGAGUCCUGUAUCGCUGCAUCGAUGCACGGUCAUCAAAGUGUCUUUUAACACUUGGCCAAAAUCCUCAUCUGUGUCGUCUGGUUCGAGAGCUGUAUUGCCCUUACGAUGAAGAAGUAGUGAAUGCCUUGCUACACCCACAUUUUCGAAAUUAUAUAUGGCUCCCAUCCUCAUGGAGUGCCAGUUUUCCGAACUGGCUCGAAAGUGAACAUGGCCGGCAGGAAUACUACGGCCAGGCAACAGCCUUCUGGGUGCAGAGGCUGCCCAACCUGAAUAGGCUCACUAUCAGCCUGAGCUACGACAUGAAAGCCUUGACGGAAAUGGUACAAAAGAGUUUGAACGGGCAGCCAAGGCGAUUCCCGCGGUUGACGAGAAUCGAUUUCAAGCUUUGUCCAAGCGGUAUACCACCGUGCAUCCAGCCGAGCUUGAUUCUAUUUCAGCUGCCCUUUCUCAAAACAGUGACCAUCCAUGACAUGCCCUUUUUUGCUAAAAGCAGCAGCGGGGACUUGGAAAUGCCAAAGAAUGCCUGCAAACGACUCGAAAGGCUUGACGCCGACUUUGCAUGGAUCACACCCGGCAGCUUGCGAAAUCUGCUGUCAGUCUGCGAGAGUCUCCGCUUCCUGGACAUCAAGGUCAGAACAAUGCUAUCAACAACGUGUGAUCCCUUCAACUACCGUCUUGGUGAUUGGAUUCAACACUGCCACGCCUUGGAGAGUCUUGACCUUCAAAUCAAGGCAUCCAGGCGGUGGACGAACGGGUUGACUGGUGGAAGGGAGGUUCAGGAGCAGACAUGGGCUGCAAACAACAUUGGAUCACUCCAGAACCUGACCCGUCUCAAGAGAUUCUCCUUGAGCGUGGAGCUUCGUCACUUGACGGUGCCAGGACCCUCCGUUCCCCCUCCCAGUCCGUCGAAGCUUGACUUUGAACUCAUGCUUCCAACCUCGAUUGAGCAAUUUGAGAUCAGGAAGAUCGGUAUUCCGGACUACAAGGCUUUUGUAAGGAACAUACGCGAACUUCUCCAGUCAAAGCGGCUUACGAAUUUGUUUCAAGUAUCUGUGGCAGCUCAUUUGAAGCCACAUCAUGUUGCACAUCCGUCCUGGGAGGUACAGUUGCAUGGGCCUGGCCAGUUUGACAAAGUCCUUCAGUUGGUGCAAAAGGAUCGUAAGGGGACGAUCCAAUCUUCGCGCUAUGAUCAGGACGCAUGA